GCCCUGUAUCUUGUAUUUCAAUGGGGUGGUCAAUAGGGUGGUUAAGUGGAAUGAACUAGCAUUGACUCCUGACUUUUCUCACCCUUCUGGUUUGACUAACCUGAUGCUAUGACAUAAGUAUAUUUCUUUCCUGCUCCCUGAAAUGUCACUUUUAAAAAAGACUUCCUUUAAACAGCACCCUUAGAGAGCUGAUUCUAAAUUGCUGUUUAGCUGAGCAGCAAAACCUCCACUUUUUAGCCAUGAUUGGUCGAUCAACUAAAUUUAUUUCUUUGGUGCUGGUGUUAACAGCCACCAUUAUUUUUUUUCUGCUUGCACUGGAAAAUCUGACCAUAAAAAAAGACUUCGACUCUACCUGGACGGCCAUCUCAGAAAGAAACAGAGCCAGUGGAGAAUACAACUUGUUGAAAAUUGGCGAUUUAUUGCAAAACAAGGAAGAGUUAAGUCCAACAGCAGACACAUCUCAAAGGAACGUUUCAGUGACUUCAGCUCCUUCUGAGACUCCAAUACCCAUUUUAUUGAAAAAAAGAUUCAAGAAGCUUCCUCAGUGGAGCUUUGAAGAUAUUUACAACUUGGAUGCUCCCCCAAGACCGAUGACAUGUCCGCAGUCUCUGCGUAACUCCAAGGAUCAGGAAUUCCAGAAAGCCUUCCUUCCCAACAUACGCAUGUAUAUGCACAAAAACAACUUUAACAUUAGAGAGUGGAACCGACUCUCACAUUUUAACAAUCCUUUUGGUUUUAUGGAAAUGAAGUAUGACGAUGUAAUGCCUGUAGUGAAACUCAUCCCAAAGCCAAAAGAACCACUGCUUCUCCCAAAACCAGGUGGGGAUGGCUGUGUGCACUGUGCUGUGGUGGGAACUGCAGGCAUCAUGAACGGCUCAAAAAUGGGCGCGGAGAUUGAUGCUCAUGACUACGUCUUUCGGAUGAAUGCUGCAGUGACCAAUGGUUUUGAGGAAGAUGUCGGGAGCAGAACAUCAGUGUAUGUUCACACGGCCCACUCAAUAACAUCAGCCCCUAUUUUUUAUGGCAAGUUUGGAUACAAGGCAGCUCCGCAUGAUGAGGGUAUAAAGUAUGUCCUGAUUCCUGAAGGUUUGAGGGACUUCCAGUGGCUCAACUCUGUCCUUACAGGAGAAAAAGUCUCUGAUGGGCAAUAUCGUAACAGAGAUGCUAGGAAGUACUAUUCAGGACAGUACAAUGAGACCCGCUUUUAUGUCCUGCACCAAGACUUUCUGCGAUAUAUACGCAACAGGUUUUUAAAAUCAGUCAAUCUUAAUAAAGGGUUCUGGGCCAUUGUCCGACCAACCAAUGGGGCGUUUGCUCUGUUUACGGCUCUGCACAUUUGUGACACAGUGGAUGCAUAUGGAUUCAUGACAGAAGAUUAUGCAAAAUACUCCAACUACUACUUUCAAAAGUUUUUGAAAACCAAAGUCGUUUUCUUCGCAAAUCAUGACUACAUUAUGGAGAAGAAUUUGUGGAAGAGCCUCCAUGACAAAAAAAUUUUAAAGCUGUUUCAAGGAAGUGAAUCACAGCAGAAAACAGAAGAGCCAUAAACACACUGGAACGGGUCAAACUGAUUAUCAACCUGAUCAACAACAUUUGCAACGUAUAAAUUCUGCUUCAUAACAAGUAUUUCUAUCUCCCUCUCUUUAAUACAUUUUUAUUUGAAGAGUUUCUGAUUUUUGCCACAGUAGUUCUCACCAGGUUAAAGUUAUAAAAACAUUGUACUAACAUACAUCAUUCCAGCAUAAAGCAAGUUUUAAAAAGAAAUGACAAAUCUCUAUUUAUGUAUUUAUAACCGUUUCCUCUAACCUUUAAAAGGUUUAGUUUUUAAAAGCAAAAAAAUAUUAUAAAAACUAUCAUCAGAAUCAGAAU